AGCUGCUUCUGCAUCUCUAGCAAUGGCAACGACUGAAUUUGAGAAGACUGCCGAGGCGACUGCGACCGCUGAGAAGGCUGAAGUGAUUGAGAAGGUUGAUGAGGAAGAGGUUACCGAAGUUGACGGAUGGGCCCCUUCGGUCUCUCUUGAGGUCAAUGAUAGGAUUGAGACUGGUGAAGAAGACGAGCAAGAGUUGUAUCGUCAGAGGAGCAAGCUUUACAGGUGGAUAUCCAAGGAUGAGGGCUCCGGGGAAUGGAAGGAACGCGGCACAGGGGAGAUGCGACUUUUGAAGGAGAAGAAGAGCGGCAGAGUACGUGCUCUGAUGCGCCAGGAAAAGACUCUGAAGAUCAUUGCUAAUCAUUACGUUGUCGAGAAUGGCCCUUACUGCAGCCUCAAACCCAACGCUGGGUCUCAGAAGUGCUGGGUGUGGAUGGCCAGUGACUAUGCUGAAGGUGAACAACGUACGGAGCAGUUCGCUCUGAAGUUCGGCAACCCUGAGCUCGCCCAGGCUUUCGAAAAGGCUUUCAAUGAGGCGAAACAGGAGAAUGCCAAAAUCAUCUCUGGGGAGAAGACUAAGAGAAACGAGGCUGUCGAGAAGGAAGAGAAGGAGGAGGAAGAUGAGAAGAAGAAGGAAGAGUGAAGUUAUGGUGUCCGUCGGCUACAGCUCCUUGUUUGGUGCAUUUGUAUGACGUUU